AUGGGAGAGCAAAGCGAUGCGGGAGAUGCAGCUGGAGCAGGCGAAACGGCUCGGGGGCGAGCGUUGCGCAGAGCUGAGCGUCGCACGGGAGUCGUGGUUGGCGAGGGAGAACUGACGAGGACGAGGGCGAAGACGAGGACGGCUGUUGUGGUCGACGCAGAUUCGAAGAAGGCAGUGGGAGAUAGGGAGAUAUAG